AUGGCGGUGAGCAGUCAAUAUGAUGAAGAUGCUGGUACUGAGGGAGUUCCAGUGAUGAAUGAAGCAAUGAUGAAGGAACGAACACGCUUCUACCACCUGGUCCCCAAGUACAGCAGCAGCUCGCUGGCCGAGCCGGGAGCAUCGAGCGCAAUGCGGGAGCGGCCGGCCGGGGGCGCGGGUCAGACGGGCCUCGGGAACUCGGGCAACAGUUGUUACCUCAACUGCGUGUUGCAGUGUCUGAACAACUGCACCCCCCUGGUGGACUUCUUCAUCACCGGCGCGUACGCCGACCACAUCAACCGAGGCCGUGGAGAGCUCUCCAACGCCUUCUCGGCUCUGGUGAUGGACAUGUGGCUGGGGGAUUGUGUGUACAUCUUUCCAGAUGAGGUGAAGAGAGUUCUUGGGAAAAUGCAUGCUUCGUUCUCCGAUGGGACCCAGCAAGAUGCGCAGGAGCUGCUACUCUUUCUCCUAAAUGUUCUCCAUAAUGAUCUAAAGAGAUCUACAGGUGUGAGAAAUGUGGAAACAUCGAUCGUUACAAAGUUAUUUCAAGGGCAACUGAGCUACAUAAAACUCUGUCUGAGUUGUUACCACAAGUCCAGCCAAACAGAGAACUUCCUGAGCCUCUCUCUGCCCAUGCCACCAGACGGUGGGUGUUCCAUUCAGGACUGCCUCAGGCUGUUCUUUAAAGAAGAGGUUCUGAGCUCGAGGGACCGGCCUUUCUGCUCUUUCUGUGGCCGGAAGCAGGACCAGGCAGAGAGUAUCCAGCUGCUGAAGGCUCCCGACAUCAUCAUCAUCCACCUGAAGCGCUUUGAAUCAGAUGAUCACGGCAACAGGAAACUCACCAACAUGGUGACCUUUCCCCUUGAAGAUCUCGACCUGACCCAGUACACAACCACUCCAGCAACUCAACAGCUGAAGUACCAGCUCUAUGCUGUGGUGAACCACACAGGUACCUUGGACAGUGGUCACUACACUGCCUUCUGCAAGAACCCAGUGACACAGAACUGGCACGAGUUCAAUGAUGCAAAAGUGACCAACAUUUCUGAGCAGAAAAUCCAGUCACCAGCAGCCUAUGUACUCUUCUAUAGUUGUGUGAAUUUUCAGUGGCCACAGUAA